GUCUGUUACAGCAGACAGGGAGCAGCUCAUCCAAGGGCAGGGGGAGAGUAGAGAGUCAGAGUCACGCUCAGCUCAGCUAAGCUCAGCUCAGCUCAGCUCAGCUCAGCCAGGCAGGAACCAGAUCUGCAUUCCAGCUGCGAGGGAUAUAGGGAGACUCCAACAUCGGCAGGAAAAGGCAGCAGGGAGAGUGACAGUGAGAGAUAAGUGAAGGGAAGGGAAGGUAGCAGGUCCUGCUAGCUGUUGCUGCUGUUUGUUGUUGUCACGGUGUCAGUGAGUGACGUGAGCAGUGGAAGCAGGGCAGGACGCAGGCAGGACUGAAGGCUUGUAGUGAUUUUUGUUGAGGGAGGGGGGGUGCCAUGUUCGACUGUAUGGAGGCUCUGGGAAUGGGCCCCCGUCAGCUCUAUGAUGUCACCAGCCGUGGUGCGUGCAUGCUGCGGAAGGCAAGCCCCUUCUUUGCGGGGCUGGACCCCUUCGCUUGGACAGGCAGUGCCAGCGUUCAGUCGGUGGAGACCCAGAGCACCAGCUCAGAGGAGAUGGUACCCAGUUCUCCAUCUCCACCUCCCCCACCUCGGGUCUACAAGCCCUGCUUUGUGUGCCAGGACAAGUCCUCAGGGUACCACUAUGGGGUCAGCUCCUGUGAGGGCUGCAAGGGUUUCUUCCGCCGCAGUAUCCAGAAGAACAUGGUGUACACCUGCCACAGAGACAAGAACUGUCAAAUUAACAAGGUCACACGCAACCGCUGCCAGUAUUGCAGGCUGCAGAAGUGCUUUGAGGUCGGCAUGUCCAAGGAAGCGGUGCGUAACGACAGAAACAAGAAGAAGAAAGAUGUUAAGGAGGAGGUGGUGCUUCCAGAGAGCUAUGAGCUAAGUGGAGAGCUAGAAGAACUGGUCAAUAAAGUCAGCAAAGCUCACCAAGAAACCUUCCCGUCACUGUGCCAACUGGGCAAAUACACCACCAACUCCAGCUCAGACCACCGUGUUCAGCUGGAUCUGGGUCUAUGGGACAAGUUCAGUGAGCUCUCCACCAAAUGCAUCAUCAAGAUUGUGGAAUUCGCCAAGCGGCUGCCGGGUUUUACCACCCUCACCAUUGCUGACCAGAUCACUCUACUUAAGUCAGCCUGCCUGGACAUACUGAUGCUGCGGAUCUGCACACGCUACACUCCAGAACAGGACACUAUGACCUUCUCAGAUGGACUGACUCUGAACCGGACUCAGAUGCACAAUGCUGGCUUCGGUCCCCUCACAGACCUGGUUUUUGCCUUCGCUGGCCAACUUCUACCCUUAGAGAUGGAUGACACAGAAACCGGCCUCCUCAGUGCCAUCUGCCUCAUCUGUGGAGACCGCAUGGAUCUCGAAGAGCCCCAGAAAGUAGAUAAGCUGCAGGAGCCUCUACUCGAGGCUUUAAAGAUCUACGCCCGCCGCCGCCGCCCCAACAAACCCCACAUGUUCCCCCGCAUGCUCAUGAAGAUCACCGACCUCAGGGGCAUCAGCACCAAGGGCGCGGAGAGAGCCAUCACUCUGAAGAUGGAGAUCCCAGGGCCAAUGCCUCCUUUGAUCAGGGAAAUGCUUGAGAAUCCAGAGGCCUUUGAAGACCAGCCAGAAUCCAAUGACAGCCCACCGCCUCCACCACCGCCACCACCUCCACCACCAGCCCUUGUCCUGAAGCAGGAGGCUGAGGAUGAGGAUGAUAGCUGGGCCACAGAAAACGGCAGUGAGCCAUCGCCGGAGGAAGAGGACGAGGACGACGAUGACGAUGUGGGGGAUGAAGAGCGAGACAGGGGCUCGGACAGUGAUGGGGAGUCCUGGGGGGUUCUCGAUGCCAUAGAUGGCUCGAGAAAAGGCCUUGUUGGGAGGGCACAGUGAACAGAGAAUUUCUUACAUACACUGAUUCAUGCAUACACACAAGUUCACACACACGCACACACAUACAGACAUAUGACACAACUUCACUCUCUCCCACCUCAAGAAAAAUGCUGGCCUUCCCAUUCUCUCUCUCCCCCCCCCCCCCCCCCCCCUUACUGCACAUGAUUGUGUCUUCCACAGUGGAGCACAGCAGAGCCUUAUGUGUACAGACACUUCUAACUCAGGCCACAUGGUCCAUGACAAGUGAACUACAGAAAGAUAAAGUAAAGGAGAGAUGACAGGAAACCCUAUGAACUCCUGGCAUCGCCAAGAGGGAAGUUAAGGCGACUUGAGAAAGCUUUUUCCACUAUUGUUGUUUAUAUCUGAAUAGGGGGAACGGCCAAACCAGACACCAGAACUGAUCAGUUGAUUCUGAUGGAUUACAACAAGCACAUUUCUCAAAAGAAAACAAGAGUACAGGGCAAAACCAAAUCAAGUAUGCUAAUCUUUGUUUUUGUGGUUAUUGCUUUCGAAUAUUGUUUUCAGCUUUUCUUUUCUUUUUUUUUCAAUUUAUGAAUAAGUCCAUACAUAUCUAUAUACCAUUAUAUUUUUGUCUUUAUUUGUUAUUCUUGUUUUAUAUACGAAUCCUUUUAGACACGUUUUUUUUUUUCUUUAAAUAGCUUUCCUGAGAAGAUAUUCAGAGGGAAAGAAGGGUAAUCAGAACUGGCUGGGUCUUCCUUAACAGCUACUUAUGCUUAGCUGGGGCUUUUUGGGGCACUUUGGCUCACUGUGGAUGUCAAUGAUAAUCAAUCCAGAGGACUAUUGUUAUGUUGCAGUGACUUAUCAGUUUCUGUUAUCAGGGAAUUGGCAUUAUUCUAUUUUGCUCUCGUUGCAGCCAACAUAUGCUGUCAAUGCGGAAAGUAAACUUUGUGCCAAAGUUAGGAAAAGUCAUCUAUGGAGCAUGAAUUUGACUACUGUCAGGGACUCCAGCCAUGUUCCAGCGCUCACUCACAUAUGCACUAACACAAACACACCUUCUAUCUAUACACACACAAAUGCAUACAUGGCAUACACACACACACACACACACACACACACACACACACACACACACACUCCUUUCACUCUACCCUCAGCUGUAACAGAUGUGCUGACCUGGCAUCGGGUGCCCGGACAUAGAUUUAUACUUGACCGUAUAUGUAGCACUUUUGUGACCCUCUAAUCAAGUAACGCACAUCUCAUCUGCUGAGAGUAGAUUUAACAUCUGUGAGUUUAUAUCUCCAUGAGCAUGUCUGAACGAUGACAACAUAUUGAAUACAAUCAACCUUAGAGCACUCCCCGAUGAUGUCAGUAGACGAAUACACAAAAACAUCCACACAUAGUAGCAACAUAUGCAUCAUUACAACGAUCAAAGACAUAUGCAAGUAAGUCUAAAGCAGGAAUCCUUAUGGAAGAUAUUUUGGAAUCAGACUCAGGGCUUUUCAGUAAGGACCAAACCCUAGCUGCUUGCAAGCAUGCUAGAAACAGGCAAUAUUUAUGUGUGUAUUCUUCACUCAGUUUUGAUCAGCUCCAACCCCUCUGCGUAUACAAAGAAGGUGACAAGUCUGAACAACAGCAUGGAUGCCAGUCUGACUCUCCCAAAGGGGGACAAAUCAUCAUCAUCAUCAUUACCAUCACUGCCCUGCCUGUGCUCGCGCUGGCAUCCAUGCAGCAAACUGCCUUCUCAUCCCAAAAGCCAUUAUAUCAUCUUGUCUUCUUGUGUAUACGGUAUCCUCACUUCUCUUUAAAUGAUCUGUGGAGGAUUAUUUGUUCUCAUGUAACAUUUCUAUAUUGCCAAAACGUCUCAACUAGGCGAUCAGCUGGGAGAGCGUAGCUGAUACACAGUAUAGAGGUUUCUUCUAUCUCUCUUUGAAGCAAUAUUUAACAUUCUUUCUGUAGUGGUGAGAGAUCCCAUCUUCUGAAUAUGGGCAAGUCUCCUCAUUUUGAGUUGUGUGUGUGUGUGUGUAUGUGUGUGUGUGUGUGUGUGUGUGUGUGUGUGUGUGUGUGUGUGUGUGUAUGUAUGUGUUUGUUUGCGCGCGUGCGUGUGGGUGUGUAUGUGCAUGUGUGUGUGAAUGCUUUUACAUGUUUUCAGUCAUAGGAUGAAUGUCCUCGGUAUGGUGCUGUCACACAUAAAACUCUUGUGUGAUGACCUCAUCCCUUCUCUCUGCUGGGCUGUCAUGAUGUUAAUGAUGGUAACAAGGCAGAUUAUUGAGAUUAUGUUGUUUUUUUGUUUUGUUUUUGUUUUUCAACAUGGCCAAGGUGUUGUCUACCCUCUGUUUAUGUCAACUCUUGUCAUACAAAGAAAAGCCAUAUAAACAGUAAGAGGCACAAUAAACUACUUUUGUG